CUUCGGAGUAUAUACUAGUUUGUUUGUCACUGGUGAUCUUGUAACGGUUUCGGACUCUUAAAUUAUCAGUUAAUUUGCGCGAUCUGGCAACGCCACAAUCAGCUGCUCAUAAAUAAAAUUGAUAAGAUUGCUCUUCCCAUUUCUUUCGGUUGAGGUUCCGGAGAAGAUUAGAGGUCAAGAGCGAUUGGAUCUAAAUUUUGGAGUUUAUUUUCAAGUGAACAAUAAUCAGCAGCAUGGAUGUAAAGGAAUUGGAAGUAAACAAAACCCUACCCUUUGACCCCUCCCUACUGACGGUCAACAUCUCGCUGCGUCAGAUUGAGGAGAUCGCCAUGACGGUGUCCCAGCGAUGCCAUGUAACCGGGGCUAACGAGAUCGCCUGGGCACUGAGAGCUCUAAUGCUCACAGAUCUGACCACCCUGGCAGGAGAUGAUACGGCGGCAAACGUCCGAAGGCUGUGUCUUCGCGCCUGCUAUCCCUUUGAGCCCCAGUUCUUUGACAAGUUCUUUGACCGGGCUCUCAUCUCGGAGAUGCACACGGCAGCCGUUUGCGUUUAUCCCGCACGGGUGAAGGACGCUUACCAAACGCUCCAGCAGUACGACAAACUGGAUCAGGUGGCCAUUGCAGCGGUGGCCACUGGCUUUCCCACGGGCCAGUACGGCUUGCAGACUCGUCUGCAGGAAAUCAGCCACGCUAUUCUGGCCGGCGCCACCGAAAUCGACAUUGUAAUCAACCGCCAGUUGGCUCUGGUCGGCGACUGGGAAGCUCUCUACAACGAAGUCGUGCUUAUGCGCAGUGCCUGUGGACAGAGGGCCCAUCUGAAGACUAUUCUAGCUAUCGGUGAACUGGGCACCAUGGAGAAUGUCUACAAAGCCGCCAUGGUUUGUAUGCUGGCUGGAGCGGAUUUCAUCAAGACCUCCACAGGAAAAGAGACCAUAAACGCCACCCUUCCUGUUGGCCUCGUUAUGAUUUUCGCAAUUCAGGAGUUUAAGCGUCGCACUUGCCAGAUUGUCGGCUUAAAGCCAGCUGGAGGAGUAAAGACAGUUCGAGAUGCCAUCGCCUGGAUGACGCUAGUAAAUGAAACAUUAGGUAUCCGUUGGCUACGCCCUGAGAGGUUCCGAUUCGGAGCUUCCGGAUUGCUUGACGAUAUUGAACGCGUGGUGCGCGAGGGCGUUAAAAAACUGGAGGAGGAGGAGGCCCUAAAAAAUCAGCCUAUUUCUCGCGAGGCUGCUGCCGCCGAAACUUUCUGCAAGGAACUGCGCAAGAAGAAAGAGGCCCAGUAACUGGCGCUUUGUUUUAGCCUUUACUCACACAGAGUGCAUUUAUUGUAACAUUUUUAUACAACUGACUAAAACCUAUAAACAAAAA